AUGGGACGCGCGGACCUCUGCGAGUACGAUGACAAGCGGCAGAAGAGCCGCACGCAAAAGCUCAGAGAAAAACUUCAGUUUCUUGAAUGCCGGCUGCGCGAGCUAGAGAAUCGACGGGACCCCUCCAACUAUAGCUCAACCUCGGCCUCCAGUACUCAGCAUCCAACACCCAGCUCAGAACCUUCGGGCUUCGACCAUGUGGUCGUGGCCGAUCCUUCCCAUGCCAAUCAAAUCGCCGAUUUCAGUGUUGCUUCUGGACUGGAACUGUCAGAGUUGACGCAGACUUCCGAUCCAGCAGAACAGUGCCACAUCCCUCCGAAUGGCAUCAUCCUACCACAAGACGCCGCAUUUUUCGACAACAUAUUAGAGGAAGUAGAGCCUGAAUGGGUGAACACUAGUUUUCAGGGUGAUAUUGAUAUUUCCACCAACGCCACCGGCAGCGCGCCGCCUAAUUCUCUGACUCCUGGUUUCAACGACCUUACCCUUGCGAUCAACAACCUUGCUCCCUCGAAUACAAUCCCUCCGCAGGAUCUCCCGUUUGACGUGAAAACUUCUCUUAUCAACGCGUUCUUAGCACACAGGCACCAAUGUUGGUUUGAUGGAGAUGUCACCAAGGUUUUGACAAUGUCCUUCGGGUGUUUUGAACCUGAGCCCUUCCAUCCCGCCUUAGUCAAUGCCAUAUAUCUGCUCGGCUGCCAUUUCUCACCGUCGUUGGGCUUGUCUACUUGGGAAGAAGCCUUUUUCAAACAGACAAUAUCGGAUAUCAACGCAGCCCUCGCGGUGUCUGAACGACUGGUAGACAUCGUCCAGGCAUCCUCCCUCAUUAGCUCGUACCUCUACGCCAAAGGACGCAAUCUUGAGGCAUAUGGUCAUGCCUAUGCAGCUUGCCGGCUAGCUAUCGGGCUUGGUCUCCACCGCUUGCGCGCUACAGAUAUCUCUUUGGCCGUUGACGAAUCUUCUUCCACUGGUGCCUCGUCUACAUUCAUCCAGCCACGAGAGGAUCUACCAUCGAUACCCAUCAAUCCACCUGGGGAUGCCGCCGAAUGGAGAGAACGCGUCUCUGCAUUCUGGCAGGCGUUUUCCAUAGACCGGUGUUGGUCAACUGCUCUGGGGCUCCCCGUGGCACUUCCCCAUGGAACGACACCCAAAGAUAAGCUCAUCACUCCGUGGCUGUCUCCGACAGUCAUUGGAGGAGGAGGGUUUUCAGAUACGACACUAGUACCUGUAGGUCGGGUUGGUUCCCUUUCUAUGUCUAUCACCACCCACUUUGAGGUACGAACAUCUACUAUAUCACUUCGGGUCAAAUCAGUAGCACUAUAUGAGCGCGCUCAUCAUUUGGCCGACUACCCACUAGAGCUUCGGAACGGGGAGAAGUUUCUGGCCGAUCUUCAAGCCCUCACCGCAUCGUUCCAAACCUUCACCUCAGCAAUCCCUCCUUUCCUCGGAAAGGAACCCUGUCGGACCCAUCAUCCUCUGGUGGAUGUUGAGCUCCUCUUCGUUCACACAUUGAUUCACGUCACUUCGAUUUACAUCGCCAAAACACACACCCCGCUACCAGCAAGAAAGAAACAGGCAAUCCUUAGUGCAAUCAACACGAGCGGUUUCCUGAUUGAAGCACUCAGUGAUGGUGACUAUGAAUUUCUUGACCCAUUCAUCAGUGUGUGUUGGUAUCAGCUCGCAAAAGUCCUCCGUGCCGAGAUAUCCGAUGAGACUACACACUCACCGAUGCUAAACACGCUCAUCCAAGCUUUGAAGAAGCUCGGUCAUCAUUUUCCCGUUGCUGGUGGGUACUCGCCGUUCUGA